UCUCUGUGACUCGCCGUUGACAGCAACGUUUUUACAGUAAUAAUUUGAAAUAAUAUCGUUUUGUAGCAUUAUAGUUAAAGAAGUUACGACAGCACAUUUGACAAUAGCCCGUUUUGAAUAGUAUUGUAAUACGCGGGUGAUUCCGGUUUCCAGAGUGAUUGAUUCUGAAGGAUUGUUCCCGUUCACUAGUCUCGGCUUUCGUUUUUACAACGGCGCUGUGAAUACUGCAUCCUGUUCAAUUCAAAUAAAGUGUAACUAACCUUAGUGUAUUGUUACCUCAAUCUGAAGUUACCGUUGUCGUUUACUGAACUGUUCUUAAACAGUAUACGCGCAGAUUAAAGCCUGCACUGAAGUGAUGACACGUUGCUGGAUUUGGUAUUUUAUUUUGUAAUCCUAAACUCUAACAGUGAUAACAAACAGAUGGUAUCGAUGGACCUUUACUUGUCUGGAUACAAUUUAAUGAAUUUUACUGGACUGUCAAACAAAUAAAUACCUGUUGAAAGCCUUGUCAUCAUUUUCCUAAAAUGUAUAAAAUGCUAUUCGACUCACUGUAGAGGUGAACUGGUGUGUGUUUGAGUCAUGUUUAAAAAGUGCCCUUAAAUGACCAUUUGAUUAUGCCAGUCGGGACAACCCCAUGUAUCAUGACGCACAUCGUAACGCGACCUGCUGCACAUCGUAGAACUACCCUCAAUUAAGCAUAUUAUUUAAAUGAUCAGGAACCAGGGGUUCGAUGUUGACUAAAUCGUUUUGAGGGUGGUUCUGGACCCCAGGACUGGAUGCCUGUCCCUUUAAGCCUUUCCCAGGAUGCUGUGCUGUGUUCCCUGUGCAGCAGCAGGCCGGUGGGUGUGAUGGCUCCAGGGAAGCGAGUGAAGAAGGAUGGGCUGGAGCUGUCCUGUGAGUGGGGCCGCUGCCAGUUCAGCACGGCGCGCAUGGAGGAGUUCUGUGAACACGCACGGGAGCACCUGGAGGGGAAGCUGCAGGUCAACAGUGAGGAGGAAGAGGAGCUUCUGGAGGAACACAGCUGCCUGUGGCUGGAGUGUGGCUUCUGCACGUUGGACAACCCCGUGGAGCUGGCCAGACACGUGUACUUCCACUGCUACCACACCAAGCUGAAGCAGUGGGGGCUGCGCACCCUGCAGGGCCAGCCCCAUCUGGGCUCCUGCACGCUGGACUACCAGAACCGCAACAUCAUCCCGGAAAUCCAGGACAACUUGGUGUGCCUGUGGGAGCACUGCGAGGACUCGUUCGAGAACCCCGAGUGGUUUUACCGGCAUGUGGACAUGCACGGCUUGUGUGCGGAAGCGAGGUGCAAGAACAGUGAAGACGCGGUCUUGCCCUGUGGGUGGAAGGAGUGCGAGGCGACUUUCAAGAGCCGCUUCAAGCUGAGGGAGCACCUGCGCAGUCACACGCAGGAGAAGGUGGUGGCCUGUCACACCUGCGGGGGCAUGUUCGCUAACAACACCAAGUUCUUUGACCACAUCCGACGGCAGACCACCAUCGAGGGGCAGCGGUUCCAGUGCUCACAUUGCUCCAAACGCUUUGCCACUGAAAGGCUGCUCCGGGACCACAUGAGGAACCACGUGAGUCACUACAAGUGUCCACUGUGUGAUAUGACCUGUCCAUCCCCUUCCUCGCUGAGAAACCACAUCAAAUUCAGACACAGCAACGAGAAACCUUACCGCUGUGAAUACUGUGAAUACAGCUGUAAGAACCUGAUUGACUUGCGCAAGCACCUGGAUACCCACAGCACUGUGCCUGCGUACAGCUGUGAAUUCACAGACUGUGGCUUCACAGCCAGGUCUCUCUACUCCAUCAAGUCCCACUACAAGAAGGUGCAUGAGGGUGAUAUGACGCCACGUUACAAGUGCCACGUGUGUGAGAAGUGUUUCACGAGAGGGAACAACCUGACCACUCACCUGAGGAAGAAACACCAGUUCAAGUGGCCCUCUGGGCACCCUCGCUUCAGGUACAUGGAGCACGAAGACGGCUACAUGAGGCUGCAGCUGAUCCGCUACGAGAGCGUGGAGCUGACAGAGCAGCUGAUGAGGGAGCGGCAGGACAGACAGGCCGACACGGAGGGACAGUGCGAGGAGGGGGAGGGUCUGAGGGGCAUCGUCCUGGAGACCGCAGAGUUUGGGAGGUCCGGGGAGGGAGAGGGGGAGAAGGGAGCAGAGGCGCAGGAGCUCCAGGGGGAGGUGAACCCCAUCAUCCAUGUGCAGAGCAGGACCAACGAGAAGGGGGAGAGCGAGACGGUGUAUUACGUGCUGACCAGUGCCACGGCUGGGGGGGCCUGCCUCCCCACUGACCCCUCUGAGACUGGGGCAGCCAUGGAGGUGGAUGGGGGGGUGAUGAUGCAGCUGCAGAGCACAGCAGAGCAGCUGGGAGUGGAGAUCGUGUAGCGAAGAGAAAAGUGUGCCAUUUUAAUGAGUGGAGGGUUCGUUUUGAGCUGUACACACCAACUCAUUUCUUCUUUUUUUUGUGAACAAGUGAUCUACGUGAAAUAUAUUGAUGUUUUUAAAGCUAUCAAAAGCUUAAAGGGAAAAACUAACCCUUGAGUAAACCGCGAGAUGUGGAGUAACUACAAGAGGAAAAGCGUUUUAAAUUGCCAGCAUUUUCUGUUUAGGUGCAACAUCUAAUUUUCAUGUUGUUAAACAUUCGGAAUGACUAAUCUCUCCCAAGAUCUCAGAUAUAAUAUCAAUGUUCAAAAACAUCCCAAGAUUACAACAAUGUGCAUUUUUUUUCCCAUGGUUUUCCAGAAGUUCUACAUGCACUGAAAGGCGCGAAUCACAUUGAUUUAUUUAUUGAGAGAAUAUAACCUGGACAUGUCAGCCUUCAUUCCAGGUAGCGUAGACUGGGUCCUGCAAAAGGAUCCUUAUAGAAUGCAGUUGAACUGUGUUAUUGGCUUUAUAAUUUCCACUAUAAUUGCAGUUACUGAAAUGAGAUGUAUUUGUUUUGUAGAUGUUUAAUACAGAUGCACCUGCAUUGUACCGUAUCUGCAGAUUAAUAUCAUAAAAACACAGAUACUGAGCAUCAGGAGUUUGUUGUGCAGAUUGGACCUUAUUCCUUUCUCCGUUCUGAGGGCAAACCUUUGACACCACUUAGUUUUAAAGCAGUCUGAACCGAGUGCGCCUGGCCUAGCUGAUGAGGUGCUGUAUUGCUUCGUGGGAGGCAGUGAAGGGGUCCUGUCAGGAGUGCUAGCUGCUGUGUAGUUUAACUCGCAGUACAGACCCAUAACCUUCCCAGUAAAGCCUCCAAGCUCCCCAGUACAGACCCGCACCUGAUAGUAAACUCCUGAGAGAGUUGAGGGGACACCCCUUCACCGUGUUCCUCUUUGGAAACCCCGGCUGCAUUUCGAAGAAGGAUCUUGAUGCUAUUAAUGUUUCCAGAGCUAGCCUCCCCUAGCACGGGUCAGACUGGCUGCUGAUUCAGGGGGAGGGCAGGGCAAGGUUACCUUGGCAGCCUGUUUUCUGAGGACUUCCUCCAUCGCUGUACACAGCUUUUUUUUUUUUUUUUUGGUACGUGUGUGGUUUUUGUUGCAGUAUGUUUUUGGAAUAAUAAAUUAUUGCCCAGAUAAA